UGACUAUGAUUUAUGAUUUCAAGCGUUGGACAAUUGUUUCCCUCCAAAAGAGGAUGAUCAGCGGUGAAUGGCCUUCUAUCAGUUUUUAUCUUAUCACUUGUUAGCAAGGUUAGCUUGAGGCUAUCCUGGGGAUGAGCCGUUGCGUGUGUGUGGCCUAAAUUAAUGUGCGAUUGCGAUUACACGUAUACGAUGAAAGUGUGUCAGGCUAACACUGUGGCUUAUUGUGUAAACUUUGACAUGUGACCUACUUCACCUUGAGCCAACGUGGAAGUAGUCGACAUCAGAUGCUAACUACAGCCUCUUACAUCCUCUUGGAUUUUCGAAAAAAGUUCUUUAUGAGACCGUGUGCGUCAAGUUAAUGUCGUCAAUGAUUGUCAACAUGAAAACAAGCUUCUUCUGACCCAUGUAUUCCAAAACACGGAAGAAUGUUGGCAGCAAGCGAACGUGUAAAAGCUACUGCACAUCAGGUUUGUCAUUAACUAGCAUGUCCACUCUGUGACACGUCCUCGCAUCAAAACAAGACAGAAACAAUGGUUUCUUCCAAUCUCCAACUGAACAAUAGCCAUAAAACAUCCAUCUUUGUUAGCUUUAGGACAACACUGAGGCGAUGUUGUCGAUGGUUGACACUUUUACAGUUUCAGAACAUUGCUGUACCUUUUUGGACCUGGAAACCAAUGUACCAAUACUUACCUUGGAGUCCAAUCGUUAGCACUAUGUAGUACAUUUGUGCAGAUUGGACAUAAAGGGACUGAAGGGACACGUACUGCAUGUCUAUUUCUGAGAGUGAGCGUGGUGGUCUUGUGUGGUCAGCCAUCAGCACAUAUGAAUCUUGAUCCUGGCCGAUCAUUAGCUGCUGACGGCCAUAAACACGACACGCCCGCCACUACCAUGGGCAAAAGGUUCAGCCAUAAACCAGGUCUUUAUUUGAGAAGCAGCUCGCACACGCCCAGGUGGUAAACCAGGCCAGAACUCUGUGAUUGGACAACUGAUGUCAUCUCCAGGGCGGGUUGGAUAGCAAUAAAAACUACGUCCAGAUAAGGAUUGUCGUCUCGGAGUCAACACCAGAGUGGAUGCGUAUCAGAGACCAGGGAGAACUUGACCAGGAAGGCCUUCAGCAAGAGCGGACGUUUGUGGCAGAGGAAGUUCUCCAGGUGAAAGCAUCAGGAUCUUUGGUGCAAACAAGGAGCUGAAGUGUCAAAUUUUGUCAUCCCGCCCGUGUGCGCCAUGUCGUCUUUCGGACUGGAACUGGCUGGCGUCUCUGUGGCGGUUGUGGGCUGGCUUCUGAGUGUGGUCAGCUGUGCGCUGCCCAUGUGGAGGGUGUCGGCCUUCAUCGGUGCCAACAUCGUGACUGCGCAGGUGUACUGGGAGGGUCUGUGGAUGAGCUGCGUCUUCCAGAGUACGGGCCAGAUGCAGUGUAAGGUUUAUGACUCCAUGCUGGCUCUGCCUCAGGACCUGCAGGCGGCCCGCGCCCUCACCGUGGUCUCCAUCAUUGUGGGGGUGCUGGCCCUCCUGAUCUCCUUGGUGGGGGCCAAGUGCACCAACUGCAUCGAAGAUGAGGGCGUCAAAGCCCGAGUGAUGAUUUCCUCCGGCGCCGGCUUCAUCGUGGCGGCGCUGACCCAGCUGGUGCCCGUGUCGUGGUCGGCCAACACCAUCGUGGUGGAGUUCUACAGUCCCAUUAUCCCAUCAGGCCAGAAGAUGGAGAUUGGGGCGGCCCUCGCCACCAUGUCGAUGGGCAUGGAGCUUUUGGGCAUCUCGCUGGGCGUGCUUGGCUUCCUGAUGGCCAUCGUUACGUGCGCCCUCCCCAUGUGGAAGGUGACAGCGUUCAUCGGCGCCAACAUCAUCACAGCUCAGACUAUCUGGGAGGGUCUGUGGAUGAACUGCGUGACGCAGAGUACGGGCCAGAUGCAGUGUAAGGUCUACGACUCGCUGCUGGCGUUGUCCCAGGAGCUGCAGGCCUCCAGAGCCAUGAUGAUCAUCGCCAUCAUCCUGGGCGUGCUGGGGGUCCUAAUUUCCAUCAUGGGAGCCAAGUGCACUAACUGCAUUGAGGAGGAGGGUGCCAAGGCCAAAGUCAUGAUCGUCUCCGGAGUCUUCUUCGCCAUAGCGGGCCUCCUGGUCCUCAUCCCGGCCUCCUGGACCGCCAGCGUCAUCGUGCGAGACUUCUAUAACCCUAUCGUGACCAACGCACAGCGGCGGGAGCUGGGCGCCGCCCUCUACAUCGGCUGGGGUGCAGCUGCACUGCUGCUGAUUGGCGGCGCCAUCUUGUGCAGCAGCUGCCCCCCCAAAGACAAACGCUACAAGCCACCCAGGAUGGCCUACUCCACUCCCCGCAGCACCAACGGCCCUGCCACCGGAUACGACCGCAAGGACUACGUUUGAACCUGGAUCUGCAUGUGUGUGUGUGUGUGUGUGUGUAUACACUUGUCUUUGUAUUUUUGUGUAGCACAACUCUUUCCACCUUUAAUGGAAGGACAUGUCAUUUUGUGGAGACACUUUGUCCUGCCCUGUGUGUGUGCGCGUGUGCGUGCGUGUGUGCCUGUGUGUGAAGGUCUCGCUCCCAAAGACUCCGACAUGAAGUGAUGUAAAAUCUUUCUCCUUUUCUUUAAUCUUCAUUAUGUUUCUCGCGCGCGUGUGUGUGUGCGUGCGUGUGCAUGUAUGUGUGAGACGCAUAUAAAAUACACUGCGUGUGGGUGUGUGUGUGUUUGGUGUCGUGUUUCACUGAAACUUUGGUUGUAAACGUGUAUGAUGAGGAAGAAGAGCGUGCUCUCAUUUUACAUGGAUUUGCUUGUUUAGUGUGUGUGCGCGUGUGUGUGUGUGUGUGCACUAUUUGCUUAGGAGCGUUCCUGCUGAGACUGAAACUGAAGAUGUAUCAGUGAUGGCUUCAGGCCACUCACAGUUUCACUGUGGGAGGAACCAGCAGUUUUGUUUAUGUUGUACAUUUUGGCGUGACUUAAUAUUUGAUAUUAUAUUCUAUAAUCGGCAUUAUUAUUGUUCAUGAAUUUGUUUGUCGUAUUUUAUCAUCAGCCCGUGAAUGACUGGAUUAGAGUGUUUAUUUCCUGUGUAAAUGUAGCAUGUUUGUGUGUGUUAGUGUAUUUUACAUGCAAGGUCACAUAAAUAUGAAUAACAUGAAACUAUUUUCCAAUGUGUAACGUGUUUGUAAGUUAUUGUGUGUCAUCCAUUUCAAUAAAAGCUGU